CGGUCGGUUCCCGAAGUCGCGGUUGACACCCCCCCCCCCCCCGGCCCCCCGUCAGCGCCAUGGCUUGGAUCCCGUCUGCAGCGCGACCUCUGGAAAGACGUGGGUCCUCGGAGCCGGUCUAGUGCCGGGGCACGGGCUGUCGGCAGCUCCGGGCGGCACCCAGACUCUCGGGAAUGGACGGACCCUGCCCAAGCGACUUAGCUAACGCGCAGCAGCCGGACAAUGUUCCUCGUUAGUAUCUCUCCGGCCGCCUGAGCUCACUGCACUCCGGUGGCAGGGACUCAGCUCUGAAAUCUAUCUAGAAAAAGUCCCCGGAUCCAGUCUUUCAAUGGCUUCGAGACCAUCAGAAGUGCCUGCUCUUGAGCCUAGUGGGCCUCUAGGCAAGAUGUCCCUGCCCAUCGGGAUGAGCCGCCGGGCAUUCAGCUAUGAUGAUGCCCUGGAGGACCCUACGCCCAUGACUCCUCCUCCGUCGGACAUGGGCAGCAUCCCCUGGAAGCCAGUGAUUCCAGAGCGCAAGUACCAGCACCUCGCCAAGGUGGAGGAAGGAGAGGCCAGUGUCUCCUCCCCUGCCAUGGCCCUGCCCUCGGCCACUGACAGUGUGGACAAGGUCCCGGUGGUGAAGGCUAAAGCCACCCGCGUCAUCAUGAGCUCUCUGAUCACAAAACAGACCCAGGAGAGCAUUCAGCGCUUUGAGCAGCAGGCAGGGCUGAGAGAUGCUGGCUACACACCCCACAAGGGCCUGACCACCGAGGAGACCAAGUACCUUCGAGUGGCAGAAGCACUCCACAAACUAAAACUGCAGAGCGGAGACGUAACGAGGGACGAGAAGCAGCCGGCCUCCGCCCAGUCCACGCCCAGCAGCACCCCCCACUCCUCCCCUAAGCAGAAGCCGAGAGGCUGGUUCUCUUCGGGCUCGUCCACAGCCUUACCCGGCCCACAUUUUAGCUCCAUGGAUUCCGGCAGCGGCGAUAAAGACAGGAGCUCGGCCGAUAAAUGGAGCUUCUUUGGCCCAAGAUCCAUCCAGAAGUCCGAUUCCGGCGGCUUUGCCACCCAGCCCUACCGAGGAGCCCCGAAGCCUUCCCCCAUGGAAGUGAUGCGCAUGCAGGCCACCCGGAUGGCCGAGGACCCCGCAGCCUUCAAGCCGCCCAAGAUGGACCUUCCGGUGAUGGAAGGGAAGAAACCACCGCCUCGGACCCAUAACCUCAAACCCCGGGACUUGAAUGUGCUCACACCCACCGGCUUCUAGAGCUUUCUCUUCCAAUGACUGAUAGUGUCUUGCACCCACUUCCUUAUCACCCUGGCUCUGACAUAGGAAUGUUGUUUUUUU